AUGCGGGAGUCAGAGGGGGAGGCGGAGGGGGCGAGUAGUGAGUGGGGCAGCGACAGCGGGCGCGCGGCCGAGGUGCUGCGGCUCGUGCUGUGCUGGCUGGACGGGCGCAGCCUGAGCCGCGCCGGCGCCGUGUGCCGCGCGUGGCGCCGCGCCGCCGCCGCGCCCGCCGCCUGGCGCCGCCUGCUGGGCGCCAGCCGCGCCGCGCCCCACGCCGCGCUGCGGGCGCUGCAGGUGCGGCUGGCGCGCGCCCACGCCGAUGGAGAGGAUUCUGACCUAAGCGACGAUGAUGAUGACAUCGAUGCGGAGUGGUCGUGGCGCGACGAGUACGUGCGCGCCGUCGCCGGCUGGCGGCUCGUGCGCGUCAUGCGUCCGUGCGACGGGGAGCCCGCGCCCGCUGCUGGCGGCACGAGCGGGGGCGGGGCCGCAGCCGGGGACCGGGGGCCGGCCGGGGCCACGGCGGGGGAGCCCCACCACACGGCGGCGCCGCCGGAGGCGCCGACGCUGCUGCACGCGGCACUCACCGACGCCGGAGACGCGCUUGUCACCUGCGCCGACGACGCCACCGUUACGGUGUGGGUGCGCGCGAACGAGGCGGCGACCAUGUGGCGGCCCACGUGGCGCGCCGGGCUGCGGCGCCGCGGCUGGCGGGCCGUGGCGCGGGGGCAGUGGGCGCCGGGGGCCGGGGGCGGCGGGGGGGACGGGGCGGGAGGACGCCUGCUGCUGGCCGGCCCGCUGCUGCUUAGCGACCGCUGGGAGCUGUGCGUGCUGCAGCUGGAGGCCGGCUACGGCUCCGCGACCGUGCUGGCGCGGGCCGGCUGCAGCGCGGGCGCCGCGGGCUGCUGGGCCGGCCGCGGCGCCUUCCUGUCGCUCGAGCUGCGGCUGUUGGCGCCUCGCCGCGCCGUCACCACCGUCUGGCUCAACGCCGCCACGCAGGAAGCGCAGUCGGAGUUCGCCGGCGUCGCGACGCCCGUUCUGCGCGUGUACAACGAGGCCCAGACGCACCUGUCGCACGUGAUCGUGGUGGAGGUGCCGGAGGACGGGCGCGCGAGCGCCGAGGGCGACGCGGAGGCGCAGUACCUGCGGGCGUGGCGCGGGCGCGCGGCGGGCGGCGGCGCGGGGCGCGUGCUGGUGGCGGGCUGCGGGCUGGAGGGCGGCGGCGCGGGGCUGGCGGGCUGGCGGCUGGCGGCGCGCCACGUGCCGCCGCUGUGCGCCGCGGCGGCGGGCGGGCUGGCGGAGCGCGUGGCGCGGCGCCGCCACGCGGCCGCGCGGCCGCCGCGCGCCUCGCCGCCGCCCGCCGAGGCCGAGCUGCGCGCGCUGUGCGAGGCGCCCGCCGCGCGCUGCGAGCUGGCGGCGCGCGUGGUGGGGCUGGCGCCGCACGCGCGCGGCCGCUGCGUGUGGGCGCUGGACGCGGCGGGGCGCGCCACGUGCGCCGCGCUGCCCGGCCUGCGCGCGCUGCGCGUGCUGCAGCCGCGCGCGCCGCCGCCCGCCGCGCACGCGCACUACGUGCAGCCCGCCGUCUCGCAGGACUUCUUAGUGAGCCCCGUGGGCGGGUACUCGGGCCGGCUGUCCGUGUGGUCCGCCCGCAGCGGCGCGAGGUGCGAGCCCCCCGCCCCCGCGCCUGCGCCCGCCGCCGCCGUGCUGCUGCCGCGGCCGCGCACGCUGCUGCUGCUGGCCGGGAACCUCGUGCAGGCCGUCCCAGUCUAG